CGAGACUCUCAUAUUAGUCAUCCCGCAUGCCACUGUUGCACUCUCUCGUAUGUCCUACCUAGUCCCCUUCCAGUUUUUUAUGAGGAUAGAUCGCUCACGCGGGGCCUCCGGGCUAGCUCAUCAAUUUAAUUUGUGUUUCCGUGCUUGUAUGCACCGAAAAACUUGCCUGCGUUGCGUCUGGUUGUUGCAAGAGAGUAAAGACCUACCGAUGCUUCCCGAUGGGUUGGAUGGGUCGGGCUAUUGCGUUUGUCGACACGGGAAUUCUCGGAUGCCAGGAAUGCUGGUGCGAUUGACUCGAACAACAGCCGGCGUCCGUAAGGGAAUGCGUAUUGGUGGAACCGUUCCCUCAGCUUCCACUGCCCAGGAUGCAGCAGUGGGGGAUUAUCGGAUACAAGUCAGCGGACGGGGCAUGUUAAUUGGGGUCCGAACAUCUCAGGAUUUUCUAUGCGAGGCGAAGACUCGAUCUUUAGACAAUCUAUAUUCUAAUCUGCUGCUUCCAAUGCGAUCAAACUAUCUAUGCUUAACCAUUAACGUAUGAAGGAUAACUUGAGCGCUGGCGCGCUCCUGGUU